AUUUACAUAUUCGGUGUUAGGUAAAUCAGAUUACUGUUACGUAUUCAAUGUAGGUAGUUUACGUGGACGGACAUAGUUUGCAAGUGUAAAGAGUGAAUGUUGCAUUUAAUUUGAAAAAAUCCAGAUAGAAUAGAAACUAUAAGUCAAUCCCAAGUGAAGUUUGUGAGUUCAGUGAAUGAGAACGUAGAUAUACAAUAUUUCAUUUGAAUGAGGUCCUUCUUGAGCAGUUUGUCGAAUACAUAACCAAUGGUGAUGUCUUUAUCAUGUCAAACUCCAACAGCUGAAGGCAAGCAUUAUGAUUAUACUUACGAAACACCACAAGCAGCUGGCAAGCUUUGCCGUAUUGUAUAACUUCGAAAGAAAACAUAGCAAAUGGAGAACGUUUAAAGUGCACCGAAGGUAGUGAUUCAUACCGCGAACUUUAAUAGUUUAUCUACACAUUCCACAAUAUCGAGUGUUUUGAGUGCCAUUUACCCAGUGUCAUUUGCGCCGUCUCAAUUUCGUAGCAUACUUCAGUACCUUACGGAUCUACCAAACGUACCCUUUCAAUAACCAAAGUCAAUUGUUAUAUAGUUUCCUCUAGUAAGUAAAUUAUGGCCGAUCUUGCGCCACUCUUGGAAGCGAAAGAUAAACGGUUUGAGCCUAAUUUAGGAAGACGAUUUCAUUCUAACAUUAAUAGGAGAUUUUAUACGAAUUCCGUACGAAAACCGUGUUGGAUUUUGCGACCCCUUAGUCUUAGAAGAUGUGUUCUAGCUAUAACCGUACUAUGUAUUUUAUCGAUUAUAUAUUUUUCGCAUUAUACGUUUAACUCGCCAUUAACUAGUUUGAUACAUCGAAACACUAGACCUGAACCAAAUAUUAAGUGCAGUAUUAUGAAUGGACCACGUUUGCCUCAGAAUCAUGAUCAUAAGACGGAAGCGCGGUUACGGAGUGACCCCAAGGUCCUUGUCUUUGUGGAGACGAUGUAUUCGAAACUUGGACGGGAAAUUGCCGAGCUUUUGGUGUACACUAGGAUUAAGUACAAAGUUGAAGUCUCCGGUAAAAGCUUGCCCGUUCUAACUAAUCUGGAUAAAGGAAGAUAUGGAGUUAUUGUUUUCGAGAAUUUCAAUAAGUAUCUGCAAAUGGAUAACUGGAACAGGGAGCUUUUAGAUAAAUAUUGUCGGGAAUAUAUGGUGGGAGUGAUUGGGUUUAUUAAUCCCAGUGAGGAAACGCUAAUUGGUGCACAGCUGAAAGGAUUUCCUUUGUUUAUUUAUACCAAUUUAAAACUUAAGGACGCAGCUUUAAAUGCAGCUUCUCAGAUUUUGAGACUGGCAAGAGCAGGGGAGACAGCGUGGGGUACACUACCGGGAGAGGACUGGACAAUAUUUAAAGCUAAUCACUCCACGUAUGAACCGCUGGAAUGGGCACAUCGCGAUAACAACUAUCAAACAGACGAAAUGAAAAUGCCCCUACCUACAAUUGUGCAGGAUCACGGCCUGUUCGAUAACAUCCAACGGGUAAUUUUCGGGUCGGGUCUUAAAUUCUGGUUGCAUCGACUAUUAUUCUUGGAUUCUUUGAGCUAUUUAAGUCACGGCCAGCUGAGUUUAUCGUUAGAUCGCCUGUUACUGGUAGACGUAGAUGAUAUCUUUGUAGGCGAGGUCGGAACCAGAUUACGUCCCGACGACGUCAAGGCGCUGCUGGCAACUCAAGAGCGCAUACAAAAUAUGAUCGGCGGUUUCAAGUUUAACCUAGGUUUUUCUGGCAAGUAUUUCCACCAUGGCAAUAAUGACGAGGACAAAGGUGACGACUUAAUUUUGGAGAACAUCGACAAAUUUAUGUGGUUCUCGCACAUGUGGAACCAUCAGCAGCCGCAUCUUUACGACAACUUAACGCAGCUAACCGAGGAUAUGUUGCUUAAUAAAAAUUUCGCCAAAGAAAAAGGAAUACCCGUAGAUUCUGGCUAUUCCGUUUCGCCACAUCAUUCGGGCGUUUACCCGGUUCAUGACAUCCUGUAUACGGCUUGGAAAAAGGUUUGGAAUAUUCGGGUGACAUCGACUGAGGAGUAUCCGCAUCUUAGACCUGCCAGGUUGCGCAGGGGGUUUAUUCAUCGUAACAUCAUGGUGCUGCCCAGGCAAACUUGUGGAUUGUUUACUCAUACUAUGUUGAUCGAAAAGUAUCCUGGUGGUAGGGAAAAAUUAGACGAAUCCAUCCAAGGAGGGGAACUUUUUCAAACUAUUGUUUAUAAUCCUAUAAAUAUAUUUAUGACACACAUGUCGAAUUAUGGAAAUGAUCGCCUAGCUUUGUACACUUUUGAGUCGGUGAUAAAAUUUCUUCAGUGUUGGACUAAUAUUCGAUUAAAGACCGCUCCUCCAUUACAGUUGGCCGAAACUUAUUUCAAACAUUUCCCUGAAGAAACCGAUCCCGUUUGGGGGAACCCUUGCGAUGACUUGCGCCACCAGAAAAUUUGGUCGAGAAACAAAUCGUGCGACUCUCUGCCGCGAUUUUUAGUCAUUGGUCCACAAAAGACGGGAACGACGGCGCUGUACACAUUUCUGUCCAUACACCCGGCUAUCGCGAGCAAUUUACCCAGCCCCGACACCUUUGAAGAGAUACAAUUUUUUAAUGCGAACAACUACUACAGAGGUCUCGAUUGGUACAUGAACUUUUUCCCAACGGAUCCUAAUUCGACCAACCGCUACUUUUUUGAGAAAAGCGCCACCUACUUUGACGGCGAUUUAGUUCCGAAACGCGCUCACGCCCUCUUACCGCACGCCAAGUUGGUAACAAUUCUGAUAUCGCCAGCCAAAAGGGCGUACUCAUGGUAUCAACAUACGAAAGCUCACGGUGACGUCAUCGCCAACAACUACAGCUUUCACCAGGUGAUUACGGCGAACGACACCGCUCCAAAACCGCUGAGGGAUCUACGAAAUCGUUGCCUGAACCCCGGAAAGUACUCGCAGCAUUUAGAACGUUGGCUGUCUUACUUUCCACCGCAACAGAUGCACAUAAUCGAUGGUGAAGCGUUAAAAUCGGACCCGAUGGAAGUUAUGAACGAAAUGCAAAAAUUCCUAAAAAUUGUUCCUCUCUUUAAUUACACAUCUCAUUUAAGAUUCGAUCCAAAAAAAGGAUUCUACUGCCAAAUAAUCAGUGGGGACCACACUAAAUGUUUGGGACGGAGCAAAGGUCGCCAUUAUCCGCCGAUGGAAGAAAGAUCCUUGAAGUUUCUGCAGCGCUAUUAUUUAAGCCACAAUACCGCCUUAGUAAAGCUACUAAAACGUAUUGGCAUGAGGAACAUUCCUCAAUGGCUGAAGGACGACCUAACCGAUACUCCGGGUUAAUUCCUAUUUUAGAAAUUUUUAUAAUCAGCUAUAGAAAUGAUAUUUUCUCUAAGUGUGGUAGAGUGAGUAUAGAUUUAUCGGGAUUACACAAGAAACUGCUGAAUGUUGAUGUCGUAAGGAUGCUAAUAAUCCGAUUCAUCUUUCUUUCGCUAAUUACGAAGUGCAAAUAACUUCGCUUUGUGUACAGGCAUUAAUUACUUGGGAGACAUUUAAAAAAGAAAUUUGAUUAUGGAAGUAAUGCUCUUAAUACAUUUACACACAUAUCAUUGCAAAAUUUGUAAGAAGCAAAGCGAUUGAUCAUGAAUAAACAACAUUUGUUUACUACAAUCCCUAGAAUACAGCAUGAGAAGGAAUAUUAGAUAAUUUGCUUUUUUGAAAAAUGUCAAAGUGCUCAGUAUUAAAAAUUUGAAAUAUCGUAUCGAUGUUGUAGUAAAUCACUUUCUAAAAAUGAGUUUUAAUGAUAAAUACUCAUGAUGUUUGUUCACCAAAGGUCAGAAUAGCCAUGUUUAGUGUCAGCAGAUCAGUACAUAUACAACAAUUGUAUUAACAAUAAUAUCCAUGCAUUGAACCUAAAGAUUAAAGGUCGAUGGAGGUGAACUGGACUUUAGUUCUGAGAAUUGAGAGGAAAGUGUUGUUUAACGGAAGUCGGGAUAGAAAUGGCAAUGCUGCAGAUUUGAGCGAAACUAUUUACCACUUCGUUUAGAAAGCAUCAUUCUCGGUUAUUUACAUGUUAAGAACGGAAGCUGGGUUUCCAUUUAAUCAAAGUGUAGUUAGAUCAAUAAUUAAUCAAAGGUAUGUAGAUUUUGUACCAUAUAUUUUACCCUAAAUUAUUGCUAAUCAAUUAAAUCGGUUCGUAUUACCAAAUAAUACAGGGUGUUCCAAUCUAGGUAGAUUAGUAUGGAAAGCUUAUAGUGUUGCAGAUCAUUUUGUGUCAUAUGUGGAUAAGAAUCUCAGACAUAUUUUGAAGCUCUGAUUGUAGCUUUAUGAAUAUUUGUUAAUAAAAUUAAUGUAAUUAAAGGACAUAUUUAAAUCAAAUUUUUUAGAAUAUUCAUUUUUUUUGUUUAUUGGUAUAUUAUAUUUUUAUUCACAUGCAACAUUUGUCGGCCAGCUUUCUUGUUACUGUGAUAUGACGGUUGAUCUCCUUAGAAACAAAUGUAUUCACAUAGGAAGUUAUCUAUCAGAUAAGUUUAACUGAAACAUUACAUAGGUACAUAACUUGCAUUUGUUUCCAAGAAAAUGAAUUGUCAAAUAAAUCAAAAUAUGUAUAGCCAUGUAAUUGACCAUUUUAUAAAAUAUGGGACGUUUUAAUAUCCCAAUUCUAUGCAAAACAGAAGGAAUAUCCCACAUUCCUAUCCUACAAACGGCAAUCCUAAAUGAACUAUAGGAUGUGAGAAUUUCACCAUUCGAUAUUGAAACGCAAAUUCAGCUUACUAAGUUGGUGUAUAUAGGUGAUCCAUACUAUUCUUGUGACUUUAGACACCCUGUAGAUAUUUGGAACACAAGGCACGCACAAUUUGCAAACUUCUAAAACGUUUUUUAAUAUUUUUGUUGUGGAACUAUCCUCUUCGUUUUGCACUGGCAAAGGAAGAAGCAAAAGAGGCAAGCCACACUAAUAUUCCUUACAAAUACGGAAGACUGAGCUAUUGCUACACCAAUUUGAGAUAAAAAAUGGAAGGGACCGAUGGACAUAUUUGUGUGAUUUGUUUAAGGUCUCUAAAGGUACAUGAUAGAGUUUGGGUUAUAAUUAAUAGAAUUUUUUUUAAAUUUUAAAUCUGUACUCUGAAGGGUUUUUUUGUGUUCAUUAAAUAUGGACUAGGAUUUACGUUAUAAAAAUCUUCCUGGAAAUUGCAUUUGAUUCCAGAUUUUGGAAUGUAUGAUAUCCUUAGAGGCCUUAAGUCUCCAACCUUAGUUGCGCAUCAAUCACUGUAUGGGAGUUUAAUUACACUAUCCCAUGUAAAUUGAACUGUAUCAUAGGAAUUGUAAAAUUCUUGUACUUAUUUGUUGUUAUUUAUUCCUGUAUGUGAUCAACAAAGUAAUUAUUUAUAGAUGUAGAAUUUUCUCUAAUCAAUAAGGUAACAACAUAUCAGUUUAGAAGUUUGUGCCAUUUUCGUUUUCAAAAUGCGCACGUUGGGUGCAACUAUUUAUUAUUUUAUUUUAUAGAAAGUGCAUAUCGUUCUGACUGAAUGUAUCCGACAGGGUGUUCACUAGUUGUAUAUUUAUAAAAAAGGAACAUUAUAUUGACCUGAUUUUGUUUUGUUUAUGGCUUAAUAUUUAUUUAUAACGUAGUUUUAUUAAAUUAUAAUUGGGGAAUCAUCACAAAAGUUCAUAAUAACGAGAUUAACUAUGUACUAGAAAUAAUUUAAUGUAUAUAAAUGUUAAAAAGAAGUAAAAUAUUGACAAUAAAGUAUAUACAUAUACGUCCAA